AAGAGCCUGCACAAUGAAGAAACAGCUUAAGGAGGAGGCAGCCUCACACUGUGAGCUAAAGUCCUAUUCUAUGAACUCAGGCACUCAGGUAUCCACCACGGUGUUGGGUCCUGAACAGAAGAUGCCAGAUGAAAAUGCUUCUGGAGACCAUGGGGUCUCUGUCAGUCUUGGUGCCAUCAACCCUGCCUGCAGUAACUCCUCAAUUCGGCAGUCCCCUGGGGCACACACAGAGGAGCCCUUUACCACCUACUUUGAUGAGAAGAUUGCCAUUCCUGAGGAGAAGCCCUCUUGUUUUAGCUUUCGCAAACUCUGGGCUUUCACGGGACCAGGAUUUCUUAUGAGCAUUGUGGAUCCAGGAAACAUUGAAUGUGAUUUGCAGUCUGGAGCACUGGCUGGAUUUAAGUUGCUCUGGGUUGUUCUGUUUUCCACCAUCAUGGGGCUCCUGCUGCAGAGCCUUGCAGCUCGACUGGGAGUGGUCACUGGGCUGCAUCUUGCUGAAGUGUGCCACCGCCAGUAUCCCAGGGUUCCACGAAUCCUUCUGUGGCUGAUGGUGGAGUUGGCUAUCAUUGGUGUAGAUAUGCAAGAAGUUAUUGGCUCAGCUAUUGCCAUCAAUCUCCUGUCUGUAGGAAGGAUUCCUCUGUGGGGUGGAGUUCUCAUCACCAUUGCAGAUACCCUUUUAUUUCUCUUUUUGGACAAAUAUGGUUUGCGGAAGCUAGAAGCGUUUUUUGGUUUUCUCAUCACUAUUAUGGCCCUCACAUUUGGUUAUGAGUAUGUUACAGUGAAACCUAGCCAGACCCAGGUCCUCCAAGGCAUGUUCCUACCAUCCUGUUCAGGCUGUCGUACCCCACAGAUCAUUCAGGCUGUGGCCAUCAUGGGUGCUGUUAUCACACCACACAACAUAUACCUGCAUUCUGCCUUAGUCAAGUCCAGACAGGUAGACAGAGCCGAUAAGCAGAAAGUUCAAGAAGCGAAUAAGUACUUCUUCAUUGAUUCCUGCAUCGCGCUCUUUGUUUCCCUUAUCAUCAACAUCUUUGUCAUCUCCGUGUUUGCCGAAGCCUUUUUUGAGAAAACCAACCAGCAGGUGGUUGCAGUCUGUAAAAACAGCAGCAGUGCCCAUACUCACCUUUUCCCAGAGGAUAACUCAACACUGACUGUGGACAUCUACAAAGGGGGUGUUGUGCUGGGGUGUUACUUUGGGCCUGCCGCUCUCUACAUCUGGGCGGUGGGGAUCCUGGCUGCGGGGCAGAGCUCCACCAUGACAGGAACCUAUUCUGGCCAAUUUGUCAUGGAGGGAUUCCUGAACCUAAAAUGGUCACGCUUUGCCCGAGUGAGUCUGACCCGCUCUAUUGCCAUCAUCCCUGCUCUGCUUAUUGCCGUCUUCCAAGACGUGGAGCAUCUAACAGGGAUGAAUGACUUCCUGAAUGUUCUUCAGAGUUUACAACUUCCCUUUGCUCUCAUACCCAUCCUCACGUUUACAAGUUUGCGGCCUGUGAUGAGCGAAUUUGCCAAUGGAUUAGGCUGGAGGAUCAUAGGCGGUAUUGUGGUCCUUGUCGUCUGUUCCAUCAACAUGUACUUUGUCGUGGUUUAUGUCCAGGGUCUAGAGCAUGUGGCGUUGUACGUGGUGGCUGCAGUGGUCAGCGUGGUUUAUCUGAGCUUUGUGUUUUACUUGGGUUGGCAAUGUUUCAUUGCACUGGGCAUGUCCUUCCUGGACUGCGGGCACACGGUAAGCGUCUCUAAAGCCCUGCUGACCAAAGAAACCCCCAGUGGCUGUGCUGAGUAAAUGCUGCUCACGGGUAGCCAUCAGGGCCAGUGUUUCUGUGGUUUACUGUGUGAACACGGCCAAAGGUACGUGCUGGUGCACAGACUGCACUAGGACUCAGCUGUUCCUUGGGAAAGACUGUUUUGUAUGUCUUUUGAAAGAUACAAUUAUUUUUCUUCCUAAGCUUCUAACAUGGGAAUUGGAUUAGGUAGUAUCUCUGACAACUUGACAUCUGCUGCUCUCAAACAAUGCUGAACACUUUCACUGUCCCAGGAUCAACCUGUUUUAUCUUUAGUAGAGAUAAUCCUCACGCCUGAUUCUUAACAAGACUGACUACAUGUUAUAAAAACGUAUUUGGAAAAUACAUUUUUCAUAAUACAAUUUACAAAAUAGGUAUGCAAGUUUUGUUUAUCUAAAGAUAAUGGAUUUAAAAGGCUGAGAAGCCAUUAAAAAGAAUGAAAUAAUGCCAUCUGCAGCAACAUGGAGCAACCUGGAGAG